AUGUUACACGAGCAUCAUAAAUUCUCCAUCAUUGCUUUGAUGGAACCAUUUCAACAUUUUAGACACAUUCAAAGAUUUAGAAGGAGAUUGGGCAUGAAAUAUGCACAUCAUAACUGCAAUGGCAAAAUUUGGUUCUUUGUAAAUGAUAAUAUAGAUGUAGAAGUGAUUCAGGAUACAGAUCAACAGAUUACAGUUAAGCUAAGUUUUCAGGAGGAUAAUAAGAUUCUUAUGACAACUAUGGUUUAUGCAAAGUGUGAAGCAUUAGAAAGAAUUUGUCUUUGGGAUAACUUGUAUAACCUCUCUGAUCAAAUAGAAGUGCCCUGGCUUGUGGGAGGGGAUUUCAAUGUCAUUAUGAAUGAAGAUGAGAAAAUAGGGGGUCUGCUAGUUUAUCCUGAUGAGUAUGAAGAUUUUGCAUUCUGUGUGAAUUCAUGUGAACUAUUUGAGGCUCCUUUUAAAGGGAGUUUAUUCACAUGGUGGAAUGGUAGAGCAAGUAGGGAUUGUAUUAUUAAAAAGUUGGACAGAAUGCUCACUAACUCAAAACUACAGGAUUGGUUUGGUCACAUGGAAGUUGAGCAUUUAUCUAGAAUUGUUUCUGAUCAUGCCCCUCUUCUACUUGUGGAAAUUCUUCUCAACAUGUAA